CUGCCUGCAGUUGUUGCCAAUGAUCGAGAUGUACGGGCGGAUUGUUUGUCUAUGCUUGCGGAAACGAGGCAAAUAUUCCGCAAACAAUAUGGUGAUUCGGCCUGCCUAAUGUCUAUGCGGUGUUGUUUAUCAUGUGUCGAAAAUGCGUUACCAUCCAGCCAGACGGAGGAUUUUUUGCGUCUUUAUGAGAAUGUUUUGUUUGGCCAACAUCGUGUUGAUGGAAUUUCUGAUAGUCUUACCAAUGAUGACAUCAAAUUUUUGUAUGCUUUUUUUCAUAAUACAAUAUUGAAGGAAAUUCAAUAA